UCUAUAUGUGUGGCGGAAACUGGGACAAGGAAACAAGAACUAAAAGCACAAAUCUCACUCUCACGCACAACACACGCACAAAUGGCUGCCCCGGUGAAGGUGUACGGACCACCAUUGUCGACGGCGGUGUCGAGGGUACUUGCUUGUCUGCUGGAGAAAGAUGUGGAGUUCCAGCUCGUCCCUGUUAACAUGGCCAAAGGGGAGCACAAGAAUCCUGACUAUCUCAAGAUCCAGCCCUUUGGCCAAGUCCCUGCUUUCCAAGAUGAGAGCAUCACCAUUUUCGAGUCCAGAGCGAUCUGUCGCUACAUAUGCGAGAAGUACGCGGACAGGGGCAACAAGAACUUGUACAGCAUGAAUCCGCUGGUCAAGGCCUCCAUAGAGCAAUGGCUAGAGGCCGAGGGCCAGAGCUACAACCCUCCGUCCUCGACUCUGGUAUUUCAGCUCGCGUUCGCGCCACGGAUGAAUAUAAAGCAAGACGAAGCACAGAUCAAACUGAACGACCAGAAGCUCUUGAAGGUGCUCGACGUUUACGACCAGAGGCUGGAGAGCAGCAGGUUCCUGGCAGGCGACGAGUUCACUCUGGCCGAUCUGUCGCACUUGCCGAACACGCACUACUUGGUGAGCGUGGGGAACCGGGGAGAGGCUUUCAGCUCGAGGAAGAAUGUGGACCGGUGGUGGAACGAGAUCUCGAGCCGAGACUCGUGGAAGAAAGUCGUGGAGAUGCAGAAGAGCAAAUGAAAAUCUGGGUUUGGUUGGCUUUGUGCAAGACUAGGAUUUUUCUAUAGAAUUUAAGUUCUUGCUUUGGGAGUUUUUCGUCGCUGUCGAUCAUACUGUUUCUGAGAUUUUUUUCAUGUUUCCGAUGGGUUCAAUGUUCAUUUCGAUUUGAUGAAUGAGAAUUUGCAUGUUCUUCAUUAA